UUCUGCUGUAAACUGACCUGAAGAGGAUUCAGCUUUUAUACAACCUAAUAUAUUAAGGACAUUUCAAUAUACAAUUAUAUUGUUUCAUUUCAUUUUUAUUUGUCCCGCUCAUGGUACGCAUAAACCAAAUACGUACAAUAAUUGCCAACAAAACAUGUCUCUACAAACACCAUUGAGCGAAAAGGAGCAGGGAGAAGAAUACAAUCUUAUAUGCCCCGCCCCUUUCUAAACAAAAUGAAUACAAAUAGAUGGUCUGCCCUUCAUAAUAACAAAAACAAAUGUUCACAGCCAAACAUAACAGUACACCCUCAUCUGAGUCCUACUGGAGAAUAAGGUGGAAAGCGGCGCAUAAUAAUAAUACUACUAAUAAUAAUAAUAAUAACAAUAAUAACAACAAUAACAACACCAAUAACAAUGGGACCUGCAAAAAAGAAUGGACAUCACAUCAAAGACAUCAAAAUUAUUUAGCAAUGCAGGACCAAAGUACAUAGACUUAUUCACAUUCUGCUUCAUAUAGUCCCAUCUUUCUUAAUUUAUACAAUUUAUUUAACUGAAAAGUACAUAUACAAUUCUUUAGAUCCUUUUGUUGAGAAUUCCACGAUUGUACACCAAAUACCGAAAUACACAUUUGCUUAACCCUUAAGAGUCCCUGGGGCCAUUUUCAGCCAUUCAGGUUUUCAAGCCAUUUUGGCUGUGUUGAAUGAAUAUUGCUCAAACUUGCCAGAGGAUAUUCUUUUUUAGUUGUAUAUUGAAUUGUCGUCUCAGUUUAUUUAAUUAGCCUAAAAUGGCUAAGAUACACAAAAAACGACAGAUUAGUUCCUAGCGGAAAAAAAAUGCCCCAUUGACACAGAAGAGGCCACGGAGGACGCCUCAGAGGUGGGAACAGACCAGCUAGAGUCCAACUCAGACUCAUCUGAAACUGAGAGCGGAGGGGAGUUGGAAGAAGCAGCUGCAGGAUGGACUUGAAAAAAUGUUUUGGUCUCCCACAAACAGAGACGCUCCGCUACGUCCCAGCAGCCAGAAGUUUGAUCCUGGGACCAACACACUAUGCUGUCGCCCGAAUCAGUGACCCGGCAUCCAGCUUUGCACUGCUGCUGACAGAUGACAUCCUGCAGCAUAUUGUGUCCAUGACAAACCUGCAUGGGAGACGGUCAAUUGCAGAGUGGCGAGAUAUGGACACAGAGGAACUGCAGGCUUACGUGGGGCUGCUCAUUUUGGUCGGUGUUUACAGAUCAAAAAAUGAAUCGACCCUCAGCCUCUGGAGUGAGAAAUUGGGACGGAGCAUUUUCCGAGCCACGAUGUCCCACAAGAGGUUUCACCAAAUCAGCCGAACACUGCGGUUCGACGACAAGCUAUCCCGACCGCGGCGCCGUGAUGACAAGCUGGCUGCCUUCCGCAAAGUCUUGGAUAUGUGGACGCACCGCCUGCCGAUGCUGUUCAGCCCAUUCAGCGACGUCUGCGUGGAUGAACAGCUCGUCCCAUUCAGAGGCAGGUGCAGCUUCAAGCAGUACAUGCCAAAAAAGCCGGCCAAAUACGGGAUAAAGAUUUGGGCAAACUGUGAUGUAAAAUCAUCCUCCGCCUGGAGACUGCAGGUGUAUACAGGCCAAGCAGCUGGCAGUGGUCCUGAAGUCAACCAGGGGAUGAGGGUGGUCCUGGAGAUGACAGAGGGGCUCCAGGGACACAUCAUUACCUGUGACAAUGUGUUCACGUCCUUCGCACUGGCUGAGGAGCUGCUCAGGAGAAAACUGGCCCUGGUUGGCACAAUUCGCCCAAACAAGCCUGAGCUUCCCCCUAUUUUGCUUCAGGCAAGAGCGAGAGCGAUCCUCUCCUCCACCUUUGCCUUUCCGAAGACCCACACACUGGUCUCUUACAUCCCUCGACGGGGCAGGAAUGUGCUGCUUCUCAGCACGAAACACCGCAGUCCAGACGUAAGCGACGAAAUGAAGAGAAAGCCAGUCAUAAUCAAAGACUACAACCGAUGCAAAGGAGGUGUCGACAACCUUGAUAAGGUUGUUGCCACAGGAGGAGAACAAAUCGCUGGCCACUUGCCCUCUUCCACAACCUGGUUGACAUUUCUCAUUACAACGCCUACGUCCUGUGGACAUCAAUGGAGCCAUCCUGGCAGCAGCAGAAACCAUACAGGAGGGAAGAGGUGGGAGAAAUGCUGGCGACCCCACACAUCAAGAAGAGAGGGCUGCUCAUCAGCCGCUGCAACAAUGGUGUCAGAUCUGCAGGGUGCUGCUGCAGGCCCCUCUCUCAUCAGUGAACGGAAGAGCUAGGAGCCACUUUUGCAUGGACAGAAGAGUUUGCAGCACCUGCUGCAAAUGUGGGAAAUGCAUAUGCAAGGGCCACAGUCUGUCCAUUUGCAGCCCCUGCUCCACCUGAGCUGGACUCUCACAGCCAGACACACAGUGUUCAUUCAAUGUUCAUCUUUGUAAAAUAAAUGUUUUUCUGGUUCAAAAUGAUUCAUUUUAGUCAGGCUGGAGUAGCUUUAAAAGAUUUACUCUUUGAAAGUGGGAAAAAAUAUGAAUAUAUCAUAUUUUUAUAGCAGUUUUUGUGAUGGUGGCAUUUUCUGGCCUCAGGAACACGAGUGUGAGUUUUUGUUUAAAUCUGACACUGCAAAAAAAAUAACAAUGCAUUCAAAUACAUUUUGCUGCCAAUCAUUGACUAAUAUAGGGACCUAAUAAUAACAAUAAUCAAAUAUUCCUUGAAAUGUAUUUUUGGAAAAUUAUUCUAGUUUUUUUCAAUAAAAAAACUGGAGUUUUUUCAACAAACUGGCAUUUCAAGGGUUAAAAUCCCAAAAAUAUAAUUCAUUUUUCAUAUGUGUAUGUCAGGCUGGAGUAGUUUUAAAAGACUCACUCUUUGAAAGUGGAAAUAAAUAUGAAUAUAUCAUAUUUUUAUAGCAGUUUUUGUGAAGGUGGCAUUUUAUAGCCUUAGGAACAAAUACGUUUUGUUUUUUAAGGGACUCUUAAGGGUUAAGAGUAGUCCUUGCAUAUGGAUGCUUAAAGUUUAAUUUCCUUCUGUGGUCUUCCUUGUCUGAUCCAAAAACAAACAACUGUUGUAAACAUGCUGGUAACAUUCUGCUCUUUGCCCUGUGCAUUACUGAUAAUGUCUGCAGCUCAGCUCUUGAGUUUCAAGAGUCCUGACUUAACAAACAGUCUGUUGGUGUGUUCUCUCGAGUCAGCUUUAUGAAUUCUUCUUACUGCCCUUUUCUGUAAUAUUGAUAAUGGCUUUAUGUUGCUCAUAUACGUGUUGCCCCACACUUCUAUACAAUAAAUGAAAAAUGGCAAAAUGAGUGAACAGUACAACAUCCUCAAUGCCUUGUAAUCUAGCAAAUACUUUGCCUUGUUUAGAACAGAAAUAUUCCUGGACACUUUGGUUUUAACAUGUGCUAUGUGUGUGAUGUCAGGUUUUCAUCCAGCGUCACACCAAGAAUCAAAAUUCAGAAACCCUUUCAAUAAAAACUCCAUCAAUGGACAGUGAAAUGUUUUCAUCUUUUUUGCUAUGAGCAAAAACCAUAAACUUUGUUUUAUUCAAAUUUAGAGUUAACUUAUUUUCAUCAAACCAUCUUUUAAGUUUGACCAUUUCAUGUCCAAUACACUUUGCUAACAUGUUGAAAUCAUCUCCUGAACUAAAGAAAUUGGUGUCAUCUGCAAACAACACAAAUUGCAAUAAUGUUGACGUUUCACAUGUCAUUGAUGUACAAAAUAAAAAGUUUAGGCCCUAAAA